AUGGUGAACGGCUUCUUCUGCCCAUCCCGUGCUAGGUGCUGGGGGAACGUAUCGCGGGCAGCUGCCAGAAGGCACCUCGGGUCUUGCACGCAGCUGCUAGAAACCGCUAAGCGCCCUCCGGAAAGCAAUGCAGACCCCUCGCAAGUUGAUCAGUUAAAUCCUUAUGCAUCCUGGGGGGACAAUACCAGUGUCAACACGUGGAACACUUCUCGUCGCUCCAAGGGGACCGGUGUGUGUCCACUCGGCCGCGUCCACUGUGUCUUUUCUGGUCCCGCAGGGCGCCCGGCGCAUGCUGAGCUGCGCAGGCGGAUGCGCCCUUUGCUCGGGUCGGGGCUUGGGCGUUGCCAUAGUAACGCCCUGGACGCCCAGACCUUAGGCCGCCGCCACCGCCGCCGCAUAGGACCUGGCCUUCUGCUCUCGAGGGCUGUGGUGGUGGCGGCGGCCCAGGCGGCAGAUUGGCUGGCGAACAUGCCCUUCCAGAAGCACGUGUACUACCCGCUGGCUGGUGGCCCUGAGGGGCCCGAUGCCUCCACGCUCGGCGCGGGAGGUGCGGCCACAGCAUCCAUGACUUGCUUCCCUCCUGGCGUGGCAGCGAUGGCGUCGGGCCCCCCGCAGCCCUUCUUCCAGUUCAGGCCGCGCCUGGAGAGCGUGGACUGGCGGCGGCUGAGCGCCAUCGACGUGGACAAGGUGGCCGGGGCGGUGGACGUGCUGACGCUGCAGGAGAACAUCAUGAACAUCACCUUCUGCAAGCUGGAGGAUGAGAAGUGCCCGCACUGCCAGUCCGGGGUGGACCCGGUGCUGCUGAAGCUCAUCCGCCUGGCGCAGCUGACCAUUGAGUACCUGCUACACUCGCAGGAGUUCCUCACCUCGCAGCUGCGCUCCCUGGAGGAGCGGCUGCGCCUGAGCCUCAACGAGGGAGAGCAGAGCCGCAAGCUGCUGCAUAAACAGGCUGGCGAGAUCAAGCUGCUGAAGGAGGAGUGUAAGCGCCGGAAGAAGAUGAUCUCCACGCAGCAGCUCAUGAUCGAGGCCAAGACCAGCUACUUUCAGUGCCAUUUUUGUGACAAGGCCUUUAUGAACCAAGCUUUUCUACAAAGUCACAUCCAACGCCGCCACCCUGAAGACUCUCACUUUGAGUAUAAGACAAAAGCCCAGACCGAUAAGCUGCAGGGUGAGAUCGACAUGUUGAAGGAGCAGCUGCAGCUCACCAAGUCGCAGUUGGAGGCCGCCCAGCACGCCCACGCCGUCAGGUUCUCUAAGGAAUAUGAAAUGCAGAAAACAAAAGAAGAAGACUUCCUGAGGCUGUUUGACCGAUGGAAAGAAGAAGAAAAGGAGAAACUAGUUGGUGAAAUGGAAAAGGUCAAGGAGAUGUUUAUGAAGGAGUUUAAAGAAUUAACUUCCAAGAAUUCAGCACUAGAAUAUCAACUGUCAGAAAUCCAAAAGUCCAACCUGCAGAUCAAGUCCAACAUCGGCACGCUGAGAGACGCACACGAGUUGAAAGACGGCCGCUCUCCGCACUCUCGGGAUCUGCAACACGUGAUGCAGCUGCUGGACAGCCAGGAAAGCAAGUGGAAAGCUCAGGUGCAAGCCCUUCAUGAAGAACACAAGAAGGGAAAGAACCAGCUCUUAUCCUACAUAGAGAAACUGCGAACCUCGGUGACGGAAGAUUUAAAUAUAAACAAUGUUUUCUACAAGAAAAGGAUGGAAGAGCUGGGCCAGAGACUCCAGGAGCAGAAUGAACUGAUAGUCACUCAGAGGCAGCAGAUUAAGGAGUUGACCAGUAAACCAGUAAGCAGUGUCAAUGAGCCCAGAGGGACUCCUUCAACAUGGCAAGUAUUUGAACCUAAGCCAACUGUCCCAGCUGUACCUGGGAAUGCCCCAGCCUCACAGACUUUGGAAGCGAAAUCUAGCCUAACAAUGGCACAUGAACAAGCAUUCUCAUCGCACGUACUGGAGCCAAUAGAAGAACUUUCGGAAGAAGAAAAAGGAAGGGAAAAUGAGCAGAAAGUAAAUCACAACAACAUGAAUUUCAUGAAAACUUUGAAGAAUAACCCAUCCCUCACUAAGGAAAUCAGAACAGUUCUGGAGCAGAGCUUGGUGGAGAAACUGGAAGUCCUGGGGAUUAACGCGGACAUACGUGGUAUUCCCAGCGAUCGCUUCAACAGAGUGUUAAGAACUGUGGAGUCAGCCAGACAUGAGAGAGAAAGACAAAUACCCAACAUGCAACAAAUCCGAGAAUUUCUUCAACAUCAGGUCAGCUGCAAAGUUGAAGAGCGAACAUUACUCUGUUCAGAUAAGCUCCGAGUUCCUCAGAUGGACACCCUUUCAACUGGAGAAGUCCCCAAAGCAAUACACCUUCCUCUCCAAAGCAGACCGUUGGCUAGACAGAGAACCGUUCUCACCGAUAGGACAUCUGGUGCCAAAAUUAUGAAGACUCCCAUGGAAGAUAAUUUUCCCAGAAAGUCUUCAACUAUCUCGACUCCUCCCUUCAGUUCCGAGGAGGACCUGGAUGAAGAGGAUGUCAUCCAGGCGUACGGGUCCCCAGACCUACUUCCUGUGAAGCCAUCUAGAAGCAACAAGAGCAACGUGGUGAAGAGUACAACCAGCAGAAGUGACACUGACUGGACCGAGGGCAGUGAGGUCGAGGAACUGAAUGUCCUUCCCAAGCCUGCAGGAACCUCCAUCCAAACACUCACUGAACAAGUUGAGAAGAUUGCUUCACACCACGGAAAUGCCACCAGGCCCGCUGGUGGGGUUCAUGUUGCUGAGGUGUUGGUCAGAAAGGAGGACUUACGGGAAGAACUAAAGUGCACAGAUGUGGAUGAGGACGACUGGGAUAUCUCAUCUUUAGAAGAAGAAAAAUCUUUGGGGAAAAGACCUGGGAAAGGACAGAAGGAGCCUCCAUCUGUGAAGAGUGAACCAAAUCCUAUUCAGCUGCCCAAGGCCUGGGGUGCAUUGCAGCCUCGCGGGCCGCGGGGGGAAGGACGUCAGGAGAAUGAAUCAGGCACCUUACAGAGCAGCUUAGUAACCGUGUCGGACUGGAGUGACUCUUCAGACGUGUAGCCCUAAAUCCAGGCUCGGGAGAAGCUUCCAGAAGCCAGCAGUAUUUCAGGAACAUGUCUCCUUGCGUGCUGUUGCUCCUCCGUAGAGCGUUUCCCACAAUAACAAGGAAGCUAACUCAAAGAACAAGGGUUUCUUUAAUGGCACCUCCUACGGUAUUAAAAAACCAAUUGUCCACAGUAUUUUGAAGCAUAUAAUGGUGUUUAAGACUUCUGCUUAACAAAAUAACAUGUCAUUGAUGUCAUAAAGAGUUUUUUUUUUCUCUUCAGAACGGUACUCAAGUGUUAAGUGUAUUUUUUUUUCCAAGAGUUUUUGAGGUCGUUUUUGUUUUUGUUUUUAACUUAUAGCAAGUCAGCCUGAGUUAUUCCAACGUUUUAAAAUAUCUUAUGUAUUCUGUCACAUUGAGAAGUGUUCAUAAAAGUCUAUUGGUAUCCUUAAACUCGUAUUAGUACAUUCAGUAAAAUCUUAUGAGUUACUUUUUUUUCACAUAGAAGUUGAAAAUGUAACCAUUAAAAUGAGGUCUGUGUUAAAUGCAUUUUCCUGCAGUAUCUUAAUAUUUAGCUUUGAGCCCACUGGAAAGCAUGUUGCUGUUAAAGUUACGUUCUGCGGCUUAAUCUUCAUCUUGGAUAUUUGAUAAAUAAAAUGUAGCUAUGUUAAAUUCCAUUUAUCAGAAUAUAGAUGGAUAAGAUGGGGUCACUGCCAAAUUCACAUGUAUUCAGAGUUUGUUCUGGCUUCUUGUAAAACAUUCACCUCAUAUUAUAAAAUACCUCAAAACUCAAGUUAUAUUCUUGAACAAAGGCAUUGUCAAAAGUCUGGAAAUCCAUAUGAGCUGUUUUAUGAAUUUUUUUACACUUUCUGUACCGUCCUGUACUGUUUCAAAAAACUAACAUUCUAACUACAUGGUCUGUUGGGUUUGGGAUCUCCUCGUUUUGUCAACCUUCCCAGUAAAGCCCUCCAUGACUUCCCAUGAGUGUGACUGGUUUGCUUGGAGACCAUUGCUGAGUUAAAUCUGUACUUGCUGGCACUGCAUCUGAGAAAGCAGCACAAGAUGGUCCAA